AUGGGCCGGCGCAAGGCCAAAGCGGUGCAGCGUCCAGAGCGACCCCGGAGGCCCCCCUCCCGGGAGCCCGAGUCCAGCUCGGCCAGCGCAGACCGCGCGCCUCGCGGACAACACCCCCAGGGGCGACGGAAGGCCCGCGCGCGCGGAUCCAGCUCGGAGCCGGGCCCGGCUGGGGGCCCAGAGACCCCUGAGAGUCGCAGGAAGCCCCCGGCAGAGGGGAGCGGGAGCGGCGGCUGCUCCCCUCUGCCCAACGCCCCGCAGGGAAGUGGCAGCGCCCGGCGCCGGAGCGGCGGGUCCAGGGCGAGCGCGGAGCCUGGAGAGCGCCAGGGGGCGCGCCUGGAGGAGGGCGAACCCCGCGAAGGGCGGACAAGAGGGCGCGAGCGCCCACGGCGGAGAGGGAAAGACCGGGGCCCCUCCGGCCCGCGCGGCCGCCGCGAACCCCGGCGCAGCCUGGACGAGGACACGUCGUCGGGCCGGGACGCGGGCUGCUCCUGCGCGGACAGCGAAGCCCGCCGGGCCCGGGAGCGGGGAGGGCGCGGCGGCGGGUCCGGGCAAACAGACGCCGGCGCGGGGGAUUCCGAAACCCGGCCUGAGUCGGCGUUAGAACCGGGAGCACGGCUGGGCGGCGGCGGCCGGACAGCGCCGUCCGGGCCCCAGCGCGUGACCCAGGGUGCAGACGCGGACUCGAGUCCAGAGGGGCCCGGGCCUGGCCGAGAAGCCGAGGCCGACGUGGCCGCCUCCGGGGACGUGGGGUCGAGCCAGGGCAUGAGCGAGAACGGGGCGCAAUGGGACGCGAAGUCGCGGGGAGCCCGGGCGGGAGACGCCGAGGUCCCGGUCGCCCGGGCAGGGCGCCGCCAGGUGGGAGAGGCGGUGGGGGUGGUGCAGGUGGCAGCUGCCGAGUGCCAAGCGGAGGCGGCAGGGGACGGCCAGCAGGGUGGCCCCGCGCCGCUGGCCGCCCUCGUGGCGCUCCGCAGGCUCCGCGCGAGGCCCCCGUUGGGCCCGGCUCCCCAGACCUCGUGUCCCCGGCGCACGGGCCUCAAGGAGCGGCUGGUGCGCGUAGCCCGCGCUCUGGGCCUCCUGCGGUGGCUGCUGCGGCAGCUCGCGAGGGAGGUGGGCCCUCUGGUCGGGGGGCGGGGCCUCGGGGCUGGGCCGCGGCGGCGUCUGGCGUUGCGCCUGGCUGGCCUGGCGGGGCUGGGGGCGCGGCCGCGGGAAACCCCUGUCUGCGGCCCGAGCUCUUCGCAGGCCGCCCAGAGCCCGGUCCCCGACGGCGCCGAGCGCACGCCGGAUCCCAAGUUCGCGGCGGUGUUCCCCAGCGUCCAGGGGGCGGGGAGGGCGUCGAGCAAGCCGAGGUGCACGGAGGGGCCGUUCCCAAACGCACCCGCGGGGGAGGGGACCGGUGCGGGGUCUUCAGGGGACCAGGAGAGAAGCGGGGCAGGAGAAGAAGGGGUGGCCCCACCGUGCCCCGACGAGUCCCCGCUGGACGCCAGCGGCUCCGGCAGCGAAGCGGGGCGCGAGCCCGUGGUGGGGGCGACCCCGGUGCACUGGGCGGAUGGCGCGGACCCCCGCGAGGACCCGGCGCUGGACCCCGACGCGCUGCUGCCCCGCUUGGCCCUGGAGACCCGCCAGCGGCGGAGGGGGCGCCCGGGUCCCCGCUGGGAGCCGGAGGACGAGGCCGAGGAGGCGCUGGAGCGGGACCUGGAGCGCAGCCUCGGGCCCGACCCCCGCAUAAGUCUCGCCGACGGCCUGGAGGACACCGACGACCUGGCCCGGCUGCAGCCCGUGUGCGACAGCUCCGUGCUGCUGUGCCUCAAGAAGCGGUUCCACCUGGGCCGGAUCUACACCUUUGGGGGACCCCUCCUGCUGGCUUUGAACCCCCUACGGCCCCUGUCUCUCUUCUCGUCUGAAGUCCUGGCCAGCUACCGCCCCGGAAAGGCCCCCAACCCGGCCCCACACAUCUUUGGCGUCGCGGCCUCUGCCUACAGCCUGGCACAGGACACCGGGCAGGAUGUGUGCGUCUUGCUCGCCUCUACCCCCUGCAGUGGGCACAGCGGCUCCGGAAAGACGGAAGCUGCCAGCAAGCUGGUGGGGUUCCUGAGCAGCCUGCAGCAGGAGUGUCCAAGGGACCCAGGGUGCCAGCUGGCCCAUGUGUUGCCGAUUCUCAACAGCUUUGGCCAUGCCAAAACGGUCCUUAAUGCCAACUCCAGCCGCUUCGGCCAGGCCUUUCGCCUCUGCCUACAACAGAGGGCUGUUGUAGGGGCAUCUGUGUCACACUACCUGCUGGAGACCUCCAGAGUGGCCUUCCAGGCCCAGGCUGAGAGGAAUUUCCACGUCUUCUAUGAAGUGCUGGCAGGGCUGGACCCGGUGACCCGGGAGGAACUGUCCCUGCAGGGUCCGGAGACCUAUCACUACCUCAACCAGGGUCGGGCAUGCUGGCUGGAGGGCAAGAGGGAUGCCCAGGACUUCGUGGGGCUGGUGCGGGCGCUGCAGGCGCUGGGCGUGAACCCUGAGGAGCUGAGCACAGUCUGGGCCGUGCUGGCCGCCAUCCUGCACCUGGGAAACAUCUGCUUCUCCUCCUCAGAGCGGGAGUCGCAGGAAGUGGCGUUCGUGUCCAGCUGGGCCGAGAUCCACACGGCAGCCGGCCUGCUGCAGGUGCCGCCCGAGCGCCUGGAGGACGCGGUCACCAGGAAGGCCGCGGACACGCCCUACGGCCGGGCCUCCCGCCCCCUGCCCGUGGAAAGUGCCCUGGACGCCAGGGACGCCCUGGCCAUGGCCCUGUACUCGCGGCUGUUCUCCUGGCUCCUGCAGAGAACCAACGCGCGGCUGGCACCGCCCACCAACGCGGGCACCACGGACACGGUCACGGUCGCUGUUGUGGAUGUUUAUGGCUUCGAGGCCCUGCGCGUGAAUGGCCUGGAGCAGCUUUGCAACAACCUGGCCAGUGAGCGGCUGCAGCUCUUCACCAGGCAGAUGCUGCGGGCGCAAGAGGAGGAGGAGUGUGUGCGUGAGCAGCUGCCCUGGGCGCCCUGCCCCCCACCACCCCAGGAGUCGUGCCUGGGCCUCCUGGCCGGCCAGCCCCACAGCCUCCUGGACAUCCUGGAUGCCCAGACCCGGCUGGCCCAGGCCACAGACCACACGUUCCUGCAGGAGUGCCACUAUCGCCACGGGCAGCACCGCUGCUACGGCAAGCCCACACGGCCUCUGCCUGCCUUCACUGUGCGCCACGCAGCCGGGGCUGUCACCUACCAGGUUCACAAGUUUCUAAGCAGAAACCGGGACAGCAUUGCUCCGGACGUGGUGGACAUGCUGGCCCAGAGCCAGCUUCAGCUGGUGGGCAGCUUGUUCCAGGCCUGUGGAGGACAAGGCCGAGCCACGCUGGCCUCCAGCUUCCAGCGCGCCUUGGGGGACCUCCUGGCCCAGCUGGGCAGGAGCCGAGUCUUCGUCAUCCAGUGCGUCCAGCCCAACCCCAGGAGGCUGCCAGGCGUCUUUGACGUGGGACAUGUGGCGGAACAGCUGCGCCAGGCGGGCGUCCUGGAGAUGGUGUGCAGCCGUGGUACCACCCUCCCUGUGCGCAGGCCCUUCCGGGACUUCCUGGCCAGGUUCCAGGCCCUGGGGACGCACCUGCAGGGGGACCCCUCGGAUCGGGAGAGAUGCAGCGCCAUCCUGAGCCAGGUGCUAGGGGCUGAGUCCCCCGUCUACCACCUCGGAACCACCCAGGUGCUGCUGCAGGAGUCGGCCUGGCAGCGGCUGGAGCAGCUCCGCGCCCAGCGCCGCACCCAGACCCUACUGGCCCUGCGCCGCGGCCUCCGCGCCUGUCUGUCCCACCAGCGCCUCCGCCUGCUGCCCCGCGUGCAGGCACGUGUCCGCGGGCUCCAGGCCAGGAAGCGCUACAUGCAGCGGCGUGCAGCGCUGGCCCAGCUGACCGCAGUGCUCCUGGUGGUCCGGCCACUGCUCUGGACACGCCAAAGGCUGCAGUGUGGUUACGGGCGUGGCCAGCACCGCAGCGAGGGCCCCGACACAGCGUCUAUCAUGGAGCUGCAGCGCGCGGAGCUCCCGGCCGAGCUGGCUGUCAUGCUGAAGAUCGCAGAAGGCCGUCAGCAGGCCUUGACCGAGAGCAUCAAGGAGUCUCUGCCCCCGGAAGUGCCCGUCAGGCCCAGCCUGGCGCUCCCGCCUGACAUUGACAGUUUCCCCUUCUCCAGCUUUGUCUCCACCGGCUUUCAGGAUCCAGCCCUGCCCAGUCCCGGGCAGCUGCUGACCAAGCCACUGACCCGGCUGGCUGGGGAGAACCCCCAGAAAGUGCUGGACAUCAACAAAGUGCUGCUGUGGCUCCUGAAGGACAGCUCGCUGGCCCCCUGGCAGGAGCAGACCCUGGGCACGUACCUGGUGCAGCAGGGCCAGCGGCAACCCCGGCUGCGGGAUGAGCUCUUCAGCCAGCUGGUGGCCCAGCUCUGGCAGAACCCCGACGGGCAGCAGAGCCAGCGCGGCUGGGCCCUCAUGGCCACCCUGCUCAGUGCCUUCCCCCCGCUGCCCGCCCUGCAGAAGCCGCUGCUCAAGUUCGUGUCCGACCAGGCACCCCAGGGCAUGGCUGCCCUGUGCCAGCACAAGCUGCUGGGGGCGCUGGAGCAGGCACAGGUGACCCCUGGGGUGGCUCGGGCCCAUGCCCCCACCCAGCUGGAGUGGACGGCAGGGUGGCGGCGGGGCCGCAUGGCACUGGACGUCUCCACUUUCAAUGAGCGCUGCUACUCAGCGGAAGUGGAGUCCUGGACCACUGGGGAGGAGCUGGCUGGACGCAUCCUGCAAGCACAGGGUCUGGAGGUGCCCCCACGUGGCUGGUCCGUGUCACUGCACUCCGGGGACUCCUGGCAGGAUCUGCUGGGCUGUGACUUCGUGCUGGAUCUCAUCGGCCAAACUGAAGACUUGGGGGACCCCUCGACCCCCCGCAGCUACCCCAUCACCCCCCGGGGCCUAGUCGAGGAUAUCCCCCCCGCCCCUGGCUUCCAGGCCCCCUCCCUGUUCCCCGACCCUCCCCCAGGCCCUGCCCCGACACUGCCCGGAUCACUGACCUCCCAUGUCCCUGCAGCCAGGUCUCAGGCCCCGGGAACCCUGGACAACUUCGUGGACCACCUCUUCAAUCCCGUCCUCUCCGAGAGCCCCAGUGACCUGGAGCAGAGCCUGGCCCUGAGCAGCCGCAUGAAGGGAGGGGGUGGCGUUGGGCCCAUGCAGCAGGGCAUGUACCCUGUUUCCUCAGUGUAUCCGGGGAUGAUGCAGAUGCCGGGGUACCAGCCCCCCAUGGUACCUGCACCUAUGAUGCCUCCCCCACCAACCUUGCCAGCACCCCCUGUUGCAGUGAUGAUGCCGCCGCUGCCGCAAGCUCCGUUUCCGAGCAUGAACCCGCAGGAGCUGUGGCUCCAGCAGCAGAACUUCAUCAACCAGCAAGCGAUGAUUAUGGCCCAGCAGGUGGCGGCCUCGGCCCUGAGCAUGUCCCGGGAGCAGUGGCAGCAGCAGCCGGCCAGGAGGCAGCCGGGUCCCCCACAGGACCAGGGCCAGGAGCUGGAGCCGGAUGAGUGGCCACCAGAGUUGGACGAUGGAACAGAGAGUACCAGGAGCUUCCAGGAGAAACGGGCAUAUUUCCAGAAGAUCGCGCCGGUGGCUGCCCCACCGCCCGUGGCCAAGAAGCCGCAGGCCAGAGCUCCACCGCCUGUGGAGGCCCCGCGCAGGGAUGUGGUGCGGGCCAGCUCAGAGCCGGAGCCUCGGCCGCAGCCCAGCAGGGAGAUCGGGAACCUGAUCCGCAUGUACCAGAGCCGCCCGGCCCCUGUGCCCACGCCCGUGCAGCCGACCAGGAAGCCCGUGAAUCUCUUCCUGAAGAAAAGCGACCCCAAGGACGAGGCGCUGGCCAAGCUGGGCAUCAACGGUGCCCAGCCGUCCCCUUCGCCACUGUUCGCCAGCCCCAGGAAGGACCCCGCGCCCCCCGUAGCUCAGAAACCCCAAAAGGCGGGGCUCUCCAGCUCCAUCAAGGAGAAACAGGGGCCCCUGCAGCAGCUGUUCGGCCAGACCAAGCCCCCCGUGCCACCGCCGUCCCCGCCGCCAUCACCAAGACCCUCGCUGGCUCCACCGCCUCCACCUGAGACCAGAGCCGCUCCUAGGUCUCACUCUGGGGGCAUGACAGAGCCCAUGCAGGACAGGGGCGUCUCGACGCAGCUGCACGCGCCCUCAGGCAGCGUGUGCUUUUCCUACGCCAACCCGGGCUGGAGGCUGUUCCUGCGCAAGGAGCUCUUCUAUCCCCGGGAGAACUUCAGUCACCCCUCCUACCUCCGACUCCUGUGUGAGCAGAUCAUUCGGGACACCUUUGCCGAGUCCUGCACUCGAAUAUCCCAGAAUGAGCGGCGCCGGAUGAAAGAGCUACUGGGGGACCUGGACAUGGGCCUGGACUCGCUGCACAGUGCCGACGACAACGUUAAGAAGCGCAUUGUGGUGGCCGCACGGGACAACUGGGCCAAUUACUUCUCCCGCAUCUUUCCUGUCGCGGGGGAGAGUGGCAGUGACGUGCAGCUGCUGGCCGUGUCCCACCGAGGCCUGCGGCUACUCAAGGCAGCCCGAGGCACCAGCUUCCAGCCGGAGCAGCUGAAGACCCUCUGCUCCUUCAGCUUUGCGGAGGUGCUGGCCGUGGAGAGCCGCUCAGGCACCGCCUUGGAACUGUCGCUGAGGGGCGAGCAGCUGGUGCUGCACACUGCCUGGGCAGAUGCCAUCAAGGCCAUGCUCGACCUGUUCCUGGCAGAGCUGAGGAAGGACUCUGGCUACGUGGUGGCCCUGAGGAGCUACAUCACCGACGACCACAGCCUGCUCAGCUUCCAGCGCGGGGACCUCAUCAAGCUGUCGCCGGCAGCCCCUCAGGAGCCAGGUUGGCAGUUUGGUUCCCUGAGUGGCCGCUCCGGACUCUUCCCCGCUGACAUCGUGCAGCCGGCGGCCGCCCCCGACCCUUCCUUCGCACCCAAGCAGAGGAAAGACCGCGGCCAGGACGGGGCGGCCGAGCCUCCUGGCUGCAUCUCAUCACAGAUGCAGAGCGAGGACGCUGCCAGCCUGCCCCCGUCCGUGAGCAGCGUGGUCCUGUCCAUGGACUCCGAGAACUACAGCAUGCCCGAGUUUGCACUGAAAUACUUCUGGAAACCGCACGCCCUGCCGCACCCCAUGGACGCCAACAGCGCUGCCAGCCUGGUGCGCUACACCAAGGGCCCCAUCCCGCACUCCCUCAUCAGCUUUUCAGAUGAGAGCAUCGCCAGGCAGGCGGUGGACAGCUUCCAGGUGCUGAGGCAGUUCAUGGGGGACCAGCCCUGGCCCAAGGGCAAGGACGAGCUGGACCUCCUGUACAGCCUGCUGAAGCUGUGUCAUCAGGAGCAGCUCAGAGAUGAGAUUUACUGCCAAGCCAUCAAACAGGUCACAGGACACCCACGGCCUGACUGCUGUGCCCGUGGCUGGACCUUCCUCAGCCUCCUCACUGGCUGCUUCCUGCCGUCGCCCACGCUCCUGCCCUAUGUCACCAAGUUUCUGCAGGAUUCGGGCCAGAGCCACGGCCAGGCCCAGUGCAGCCAGGAGCACCUCCAGAGCACCGUCAAGUAUGGUGGGCGCCAGCGGCUGCCUUCCCCGGCAGAGCUGCGGGCAUUCCUGAAAGGGCAAAUGUCCCGCCUGCUGGUCAUCUACCUGGCUGGGGGCACCAGCUUCAAGACUAACAUCAAGACCUUCACAGUGGCCAAGGACGUCCUGCAGCAGCUGUGCGGGAACAUGGGCAUCACGGACCCAGAGGAAGUCCAGGAGUUCACCCUCUUCCUCAACAAAGGGGAAGGCCAGCUGGUGCGGCCCCUGCGGCCCCAAGAGUACCUCAACAGCGUGGUGGCCGAUAAGGACACGAGGGUCCACAGCCGCAGGCUGGGCUGGGAGGCCCCGCUGCGCUUCAGCAACCCCAUCUACGUCAGCGUCCACUACAGCCAGGUUCAGCUGGACUACGUGCAGGGGAAGCUGCUCAUCGGCGCCCAUGAGGAGGCCCAGCUGGCCAGGCUGGUGGCCCUGCAGUACCUCAGUGGUGCCCAGGGGGCCCCCGGCUCAGUGCUGGAUCCGUCCCAGUAUGUGCCUCAGCCGCUGCUGUCGCAGGUGAACUUGGCUGCCGUCGCGAACCUGCUAAGGCAGGAGCUGCAGCAGUUGCAGGGGUGCAGCGCCCUGGACGCCCAGAUCAGCUUCGUUGAGGCUGUGAGUCAGCUGCCGCUGUUCGGCUACACGGCGUACAUGCUGCUGCGCGUGAGUGAGCCCACCCUGCCCGGCCUUGGCAUCCUGGGCAUCAACCGGCAGCGGCUGGUCGUCAUGGACCGCAGCUCCCAGACACAGUGCUGCGCCAUCGCCCUGCAGGAUGUGCACCAGCUGCGCCUGCUGAGCCCGCAGGAGCACGGGGGCUCCCCAGGCCUGGAGCUGCACUACGGCCCCGCUGCCAGCCCCCACACCAUCUGGUUCGAGCUGCCGCAGGCUCAGGAGCUGCAGCAAACCAUCACCUUCCUGAUGGAGAAGUCAGCCGCCCCUUAAAGCCUCAGCCACAGGGGCGGGGGUCCCACAAGAGCUCCCGGACUCAAAAUGUGUGCCUGACGGUGCCAGCAGCCACCAGGAUCAGGACUGCCUGGCACUGUAUUCUGGAACCUUCUGGCUUUGCCCCUGUGACCUGGGCCUGAAGCCCACUGGGAGAGCAAUG